AUGACUACUCACAUCAAGAUCCCCUGCUCGUCCGCCAACAUCGGCCCCGGCUUUGACGUCAUUGGCCUUGCGCUCAACCUCUAUCUGGAACUCGAGGUCACAGUCACCAAGAAGGAGAAAUCAGAACACUCGCUCAACUGCAAGAUAACAUAUGAAGGCGUAGGCGCGGAAGAUGUCCCGCUCGCCGCGCAAGACAACCUCAUCACGCGAACUGCCGUAUACGUGCUCCGCUGCCAUGGCGUUCGCGACUUCCCUUCGGAAACACACGUCCACGUCAAGAACCCGAUACCACUGGGACGCGGACUGGGCUCUUCGGCUGCGGCUAUUGUAGGAGGUGUGUAUCUGGCGAAUGAGGUCGGAAACCUUGGGCUAUCGAGAGCGCGCAUGCUCGACUAUUGCCUGAUGGAAGAGCGUCACCCAGACAACGUCGCAGCAGCGCUAUAUGGAGGCUUUGUCGGCACAUACCUCAACGAACUGUCGCCCGAAGACACCGAGCGCCUCGAAAUUCCCCUCAGCGAAGUCCUCCCACAGCCCGCCGGUGGUGUAGACACGGGUCUGCGGCCACCCGAGCCUCCUCUCAACAUUGGACACUACACCAAGUUUGCUUGGUCGCCCGCUAUCAAGUGCAUAUGCGUCAUCCCACAAUUCGAGGUCUCGACGGCCAAGGCGCGUGCGGUACUGCCUGAGUCGUACUCGCGCAAAGAUGCCAUCUUCAACAUGCAGCGACUGGCUGUCCUGACCACCGCGCUCGGUCAAGCCACACCAGACCCCGACAUGAUCUACACUGCUAUGCAAGACAAGCUCCACCAACCCUACCGUCGCGGCCUCAUCCCCGGUCUUACCGAAAUCCUCCAAUCCGUUACCCCACAAUCACACCCCGGUCUGCUGGGCAUCUGUCUCUCAGGCGCCGGCCCGACCAUCCUCGCACUCGCGACCGAGAACUUCGACAAGAUCGCAGAACAUCUGCUACAGGAGUUCAGGAAGGAAGGCAUAACAUGCGACUGGAAGCUCCUUGAGCCGGCCGAGGAGGGCACCACUGUGACACGCCCUUCCAGCACCUCACAGCCAGCUGGCGAGGCGCUGACAUAUGCAUCAUCGGGUGUGAGCAUCGACGCGGGUAACCAGCUCGUUAAGCAGAUCAAGGCAUUGACUGCUAGCACAAAACGUCCUGGAGCCGAUGGCAAGAUUGGCGGAUUUGGCGGGCUGCUCGACUUGCAAGCAGCUGGCUACACCGAGGCACCCAUACUGGUGGGCGCUAUCGACGGUAUCGGCACUAAGGUGAAGAUUGCCUUCGAAAUGGGCAAGCACGACACCGUCGGUAUCGAUCUCGUCGCCAUGAACGUGAACGAUCUCGUCGUACAAGGCGCCGAGCCGCUGAUGUUCCUCGACUACUACGCUUGCAGCAAGCUUGAUGUAGAAGGCGCUGCUAAGUUUGUCGAGGGCGUUGCGAACGGCUGCCGGCAGUCUGCAUGUGCCCUUGUUGGUGGAGAGACGGCAGAGAUGCCCGGCAUCUACCAGGCAGGCGAAUACGACGCCGGAGGUGCUGCAAUCGGUGCGAUCAAGCAGGGCGCAACGAUCUUACCAGACACAGCGUCCAUGGCCGAGGGUGACGUACUGAUCGGUCUGGCCUCAAGUGGAGUCCACUCCAACGGUUUCUCUCUCGUCCGAAGAAUCGUCGAGACACAAGGCAUCUCUUACUCAGACGCAUGCCCGUGGAGCUCAGGCGAGAACCUCGGAACGGCACUCCUGACGCCAACUAAGAUCUACGUCAAACCACUACUAGCUGCGACCCGGCGGGGCUUGAUCAAGGGUAUGGCCCACAUAACGGGCGGCGGCCUGCUAGAGAACAUUCCUCGCAUGUUGCCAAAGACCCUGACCGCGGAGCUCGAUGCAAAGAGCUGGCCGCUCCUGGACGUGUUCAAAUGGCUCAAGAAGGCAGGUCGCCUGGAUAACACGGAACUAGCGAGGACAUUCAACACGGGUCUCGGCAUGGUGCUCGUUGUUAGUCAAGAGAACGUAAGGACUACCAUGGACCGAUUGCAAGAGUAUGGCGAAAAGGUCUAUGUUGUUGGUAGUCUGAAGAAGCGGACAGACGAGGAGUGCAUUGUGAACAACAUGGACGUUUGGGGUUAG